UGGUCCUGUGUUUCUGAGAAGUCAGAAGAACUUUAUAUGUUCAUGGACAACAUGAACUCUUUUGUGGAAUACUCCAUCUGUAACCGAGCUGGCAGCAGUGCUUACUCUGCCCCUAAACCUGGAUACCAACCUCCUAACCUGCACCACCACCUCCCUCUGGACCAGCACCAUGGACUCACGGUGACCCCCGGCUCCCUCCACACGGGCCUCAGCGGCUCCUCUGUCCCGGUGAACGGGACCGGAGGUAACAGCGGUUACGGCGCAGAUGGAGGGAUGUAUGGGAACACCGCGGCGGACAUUGGAGGGACACCACCAUCCAGAGGGGUGAACCUCCACCAUCAUCAUCAUCAGCAUCCAAUAAAUCAUGUCGAGCAUCAACACGCGCAUAAUGGCUUCCAUCAUCACCAGAACCAAAGCGCGCAGGGUGGAUUAUUGACACAGUAUACUAACGGCAGUGGGUGCUCCUCCGGGGCCUAUGCAGGCCAGGCAGGUGCUACAAACUCAGAGUAUGUAGCCGUUACGGGUCCUUCAACUUCUAUCCAGCCUCAGUAUUUUAUGGAGGAGUCCGCUGCCUCCAGCUACUACCAUCAAUCAGCCUUUCCCACGCCGACCCCAGCGGUCGGCCCCAGCUACAGCGCCCUUUCCGGGGCUUACUGCGGGCCUCAGGGCCCUCUGGGUAGCUCCCAGUACCCGCAGCAGAUCGGCGCAGGCCUGGAAGCGGUGGGCUACCUGGGCUUCCCACAGGCAGCAGGGUACGGAGAGCUGCCGGGGUCCCAGGAGCGAGGGAGGGAGGAUGAGGAGAACCAGCAGGCGGGACAGGGGCAGACAUUUGACUGGAUGAAAGUGAAGAGGAACCCCCCGAAAACAGUCAAAGCGACGGACUUUGGGCUCCUAGGAGUCCACAAUAACGCCAUGCGCACCAAUUUCAGCACGCGGCAGCUGACGGAGCUGGAGAAGGAGUUCCACUUCAGCAAGUACCUCACGCGCGCGCGGCGCGUGGAGAUCGCGGCAACGCUCGAACUGAACGAGACCCAGGUAAAGAUCUGGUUCCAGAACAGACGGAUGAAGCAGAAGAAACGGGAGCGGGAGAGCACGGGCACGAGUGCGCGCUCCCACUCAUCUGACACCCGGUGUGGGUUUACCAAGGAGCUGGAGGACACGGACCACUCUUCACUGUCCACAUCACCGGGAGCGUCUCCGAGCUCUGAGUCAUAGUCUGCACGUGGCUGAUCACCAAGACUUUUUAUCACUGUUUCCGUUCUUAUAGAUCCUACAACAAAUCCAGGGCAAUAAUAGCAGCCAUUUAAGCCCUCAAAGAGUUUGUAUUUUGUUAUUUUGUUACAUGAAGGAGAAACUGUUAUUAAUCUUCCAUUUAUGAUUUUUUUAUUCAAUCUUUUUGUUAUGUUAGUGUCAAAAAAGGAAGUCUCAACAGCUCAUCCUACACUAGACCUAAUGGUAGGCCUGCGGAUCUCAGAUGCAAAAAGGAAUUUUGGAAUAAUGAUAAUCUAAAGCAAACUUAGUCAAUUAUCACAAUGUCUUUAAAGUCAAAGUUUACUUUCACUUUAUGCAACAUAUACAAAUAUAUAAGUUAAAGCUCACUAUAUAGACUAUAGAGCAAGUUUCAAAGCCUUAAAUUAAAAUACCAACCU